AUGUCCGAUAUCAUGCCCGCUCCCUCCUCCCUUGCAUGGCUCGUUGAUGACUCUGCUGCUGCUGGCAACGGUGCAGCAGCAGGUGGAGGGGCAGGAGGAGGGGGGAUGGGAGGAGGGGCGGAUAGUCUGCCCAAGUUUCUGGAGGAGUUGGCGCAGCAUGGGUUUGUGGUGUCGGCGUUUGACCGCAGCGAAGGCCGUGUGCUGCACCAAGCGGCACCGCUCUCCACCGCUCUCACCGCUCUCACACACCCCUCCUCUACCUCCUCCUCCUCGCUCUUCCACAACCCUCCCGGCCGUCUGUUCUCUACAGACGGGCCGGGUAGUGGUGGUAGUGGAGAAGAGGGGAAAAGGGGAGGGAAGGAGGGUGGGAAUGACAAGGAUAUGUCGCCUCUUGACCGGCUGUUGGCUCGCAUGCCCCCUCCCCGGCGGUUACAAAGAUCCACCACCCCGCCUGGUAACCGCAUCGAGAGAGCUAUGUCACCAAAGCCGGACAGACAGCGGGAGAGGGGGGGUGAUGUGACUGUAAAGAGGGGGAGUGCAGCGAAUGGGACUGGUGGGGUUGGUGACGGGGGGAGUGUGACUGUCGGGAUCAUGGCUAAUCUCUAA